GGGGCCUUGCCCUGUUGUGCGCUGGCUGGAGUGCAGUGGUGCUAUCUCGGCUCACUGCAACCUUCACCUCCGAGUUCAAGUGAUUCUCCUGCCUCAGCCUCUGGAGUACUUGGGAUUACAGGUGCGCGCCACCACAGCUGGCUAAUUUUUGUAUUUUUAGUAGAGAUGGGGUUUCACCCUAUUAGCCAGGCUGAUCUCAAACUGCUGACCUCAGGUGAUCCGCCCACCUCAGCCUCCCAAAGUGCUGGAAUUACAGGUGUGAGCCACUGUGCCGAGCCUGCAUCUCUUCUUCUAAGGCUUAGGUUUUGCCCAUAAUUCUCAGUGCAUGGAAUAGUUGACACCAACAGUCAUUGUUCCCAUCACAAAGCCUUGGGCUGCCACAUGCAUGUGGAUCAGGUGAAGGGACAUUUUAAUAUUUCUCCUGCUCUUCAAUUUGUAUAUCCACUGCAACAAUUGCUGCAAAACCUGCUAUUCCAAUGGGGGACAAAUGGUGCCUCUUUAGCUUUUUGGAUACGUUUGGAUCCCUGAUCAUCAUAUGAAGAAAGAGAAACAUCUGUGUUGGUUGGUAUGGAAAUUGCUAGAAGAAUCUCUCAAGAGCAACAAAACCCUCAUGAUCCAACUGGCUUCAAAUCCCAGCUCCCAUGCCCUGUCUUCUCUUGUGUGUGGUUUUUUGUUUUUCUUUUUUAGACGGAGACUCACUCUAUUGCCAGCUUACUGCAACCUCCACCUCCCAGGUUCAAGUGAUUCUCAUGCUUCACCCUCUCGUAUAGCUGAGACUACAGAUGCGCACCACCACACCUGCCUAAUUUUUGUAUUUUUACGAGAGAUGGGGUUUCGCCAUGUUGGCCAGGUUGAUCUCUAACUCCUGACCUCAAGUGAUCCACCUGCCUCAGCCUCUCAAAGUGUUGGGAUUACAGGCAUGAGCCAUCGCACCUGGCUCUUUUCUUGUUUUUUAAUGCCCGGAUUGCAUUUCUACAAGGAGAAAGAAAAGGUCAAGAGAACCUGAAGAAGGACUUAGUAAGAAGAAUAAAGAUGUUAGAGUAUGCAUUAAAACAAGAAAGGGCAAAAUAUCACAAAUUAAAAUAUGGCACGGAACUGAACCAAGGUGACUUGAAAAUGCCAACCUUUGAGUCAGAAGAAACCAAAGACACAGAGGCUCCCACAGCACCUCAGAAUAGCCAGUUAACGUGGAAGCAAGGCAGACAGCUUUUAAGACAGUAUCUUCAGGAAGUAGGUUAUACAGAUACAAUAUUAGAUGUACGGUCUCAGCGGGUAAGGUCAUUACUUGGACUAUCUAAUUCAGAACCAAAUGGAUCAGUAGAAACAAAGAAUUUAGAACAGAUCCUGAAUGGAGGUGAAUCUCCUAAGCAAAAGGGACAAGAAAUAAAAAGGUCCUCUGGUGAUGUUCUUGAGACGUUCAAUUUCUUAGAAAAUGCCGAUGACAGUGAUGAAGAUGAGGAAAAUGACAUGAUUGAAGGCAUCCCAGAAGGAAAAGACAAACAUCGGAUGAAUAAACAUAAAAUAGGUAAUGAAGGUUUAGCUGCUGACCUAACUGACGAUCCUGAUACUGAGGAAGCACUGAAAGAAUUUGAUUUUUUAGUGACUGCUGAAGAUGGCGAAGGAGCUGGAGAAGCACGGAGUUCGGGGGAUGGCACAGAAUGGGAUAAAGAUGACCUCUCCCCAACUGCUGAGGUUUGGGAUGUAGACCAGGGACUAAUAAGUAAACUGAAGGAACAGUACAAGAAGGAACGAAAGGGGAAGAAAGGGGUGAAGAGGGCCAACAGGACAAAACUCUACGACAUGAUAGCUGAUCUGGGAGAUGAUGAGCUGCCCCACAUCCCUUCAGGAAUCAUUAAUCAGUCUAGGUCAGCCUCUACUAGAAUGACUGAUCAUGAAGGUGCAAGAGCAGAGGAAGCUGAACCAAUAACGUUUCCAUCUGGAGGAGGCAAGUCAUUUAUUAUGGGUUCUGAUGAUGUUUUGUUAAGUGUACUGGGCCUUGGAGACCUUGCAGACUUGACGGUAACAAAUGAUGCAGACUAUAGUUAUGAUUUGCCUGCUAAUAAAGAUGCCUUUCGAAAGACAUGGAAUCCCAAGUAUACACUACGUAGCCAUUUUGAUGGAGUACGGGCAUUAGCUUUUCAUCCUGUAGAACCUGUGCUGGUUACUGCUUCUGAGGACCAUACCCUGAAACUUUGGAACCUGCAAAAAACAGUUCCUGCCAAAAAGAGUGCCUCUUUAGAUGUAGAGCCUAUCUACACAUUUAGGGCCCACAUUGGCCCUGUUCUGUCAUUAGCUAUUAGUUCUAAUGGAGAACAGUGUUUUAGUGGUGGUAUUGAUGCAACCAUCCAGUGGUGGAAUAUGCCGAGUCCCAAUGUGGAUCCAUAUGAUACAUAUGAGCCAAAUGUUCUAGCUGGCACUUUAGUUGGUCAUACAGAUGCAGUUUGGGGUCUUGCUUAUAGUGGCAUAAAAAAUCAAUUACUGUCUUGUUCAGCAGAUGGCACUGUUAGGUUAUGGAAUCCACAAGAAAAAUUGCCAUGUAUUUGCACUUACAAUGGAGAUAAAAAGCAUGGAAUACCUACAUCAGUUGACUUUAUAGGCUGUGAUCCAGCUCAUAUGGUAACCUCUUUCAACACUGGUAGUGCAGUAAUUUAUGAUUUAGAAACAUCACAGUCAUUGGUGAUACUUUCAUCACAGGUAGAUUCUGGUUUACAAUCUAAUAAUCAUAUCAACAGAGUAGUAAGUCAUCCCACACUUCCUGUUACAAUAACUGCUCAUGAAGAUAGACACAUCAAAUUUUUUGACAAUAAAACGGGUAAAAUGAUCCAUUCUAUGGUAGCUCACUUGGAUGCUGUUACAAGUCUAGCAGUAGAUCCUAAUGGAAUCUAUUUGAUGUCUGGAAGCCAUGACUGUUCCAUCAGAUUAUGGAAUUUAGACAGCAAGACAUGUGUGCAAGAAAUAACAGCUCACAGAAAGAAAUUGGAUGAAUCAAUUUAUGAUGUUGCUUUCCACCCGUCAAAAGCAUAUAUAGCUAGUGCAGGAGCUGAUGCUCUUGCCAAAGUAUUUGUAUGAAUCAACAAAAACUUGCAUCAUAACAAGAUUUGCUUGGACAGAAAGAGGGUCUGCAUCACUGCCAUCAAAAAGGUUACUGAUAUGACACUACAUGUGAUCUGCCUGGUGAAGGCUAUUUGGGGCAGGCACAAAUUGGUGGAAAUCACAUCUUAAUGUCAAGCUCAUUAAGUUAACUGUAAUUACUGUAUUUUGUGGGACAAAGAAAAAAGGACUCCAGUAUUUGUGGCCUGUACUGGAUGUGAACUGAGCGUAUAUCUGUUUUUAGGUGUCUUUAAGCCAAUGUGGAGUCUGAUCUUUCAAAAAAGUUUUUUUUUUUUCCUUCUUUUUUUUUUUGGACUCUGUGUGCUGCCUUAGGGGUUAGGAAUGUGGUGCUCUUGUUGGGGGAAGUGAGCUCCAAGAGUAGCUUUUUUUCAUCUCUUAGUGAUCUUCUGUUUAUCGAUUGAAUGCCACAGAUUCCCUUUUAAACUUAUUUUGCUUUAAAAAAAAAAAAAGAAAAUUUAACUUAAAAUAUUUUAGCAUUAGUUGCACAAAAUGUUUGGAUAAAAUUCUAGUUUUUAUAAGUCUUUUUAUAUAUUUAGCCUGUCACAACAGUGCUGAAGAUUGUAUUGAAGUUUUUCUGCAUUAUACAACCCUAAAACACAGAGAUCUCACUGACCCGCUGCCCUGUAGCCACUUUCUUUCCUUCUUUUGCCUAAUACAGCUCAGCUAAGUCCUUCCAUAAAGAUGCUAAAUAACUUUCAUCAUCACAUAAAUGUCUUCAUAAACCAAGGACUAUUAAGUGUAUUAAAAUGAAACAGUGGGGUUUAGUACUCCAAAUGAACUCUUAAAGAAAAAAAACUAAUCUUGGCAUCCUAUCACUAUGUGAUAUUUUGUACAUCUUACUGUAUUUACAAGUUUAUUUAUCAAGGAUUAUCCAUCUUGCUAAUGGCCUAUUAUUUAUUUCACUUUUUGUUGGUCUUUAUAUCCUUUUAUUAAUGUGCUAAAGGAACCUGUAUAUCUAUUUUGGAACUCUUUGAAUAGUCUAAAAUAGACUAAAAAUGGAGUAUUUUAUAGUUUAAAUUACAAACCAAGGUGGUUCCCCCUAAGAUAUAUAUCUUGGUUUACCAUGAUUCCGAACAAAACUAACUUGUUUAAAAAUAUUUGGAGUAAAGUUUUAUUUGCAUUACAAAUAGGAUACAAAAAUAGUUGAAUCAGGAUACAGAAAUCUGCUGUGUUUUGACUAGUUAUCCCUGUUUUAUUUUUUAGAUGUGCUUAAUUUUAUGGUGUAACUAAAGAUUUUGUUUGUGUAAUGCAUGAUUAAGACAAUAAAGUAUUUUUUCUAGUCUUCCGAGAAACUUUUCUGAUCAGUUUGCGAGUUUUGAUGAGUUUUGUAAGGUUUUUGUUUUACAAACUAUGAAUCAGCAAAUUUUUAAGAUUGUACCACAUAGCAAACAUACAGCUGUUGAAAAAUAAUGUAUAUAAAAUGCAUAUAAUAAAUAUUAAAUUGUGUACCUGUAUGUUACUGUUGGCUACAUCAUUUUGUGUUGAAUAAUAAAGUGCAAUACUUUACUCUCCGUAAUUAAA